GCCCAGUGGACGCCAUUCCUUUCACUCGGUUGCUGCGUUGAUGUGGGUGGUUUGUUCCAAGGGUUUUAUUAAUUUGCAACAAUGGACUUAAGCCUAGACGAUAUUAUCAAGAAGGAGAAAAUUUCCAAAAGAGGAACAGGACGGGGUCGUGGUGGUGGUAGGGGGGGCAACAGAGGACAAGGACAGCAAAGGCAAAGGGGAGGCGGCCAAGAGCGUGGCAACCGGAAUGCAGUCUCCAGCCGUCCUGCAACAGCUUAUAAAAGGGGCAAUGUGGACGACCGGUGGUCCCACGACAUGUACGAGGGGGGCGGCGCCGGACGAGGCGAGGUGCGCCGACGCAGCGGGCAGGACACCACCAAACUGAUGAUCUCCAAUCUGGACUUUGGGGUCACCGACGCCGAUGUCAAGGAGCUGUUCGGGGAGUUUGGACCGAUGCGCUCGGCAGCGGUUCACUACGACCGGUCCGGCCGCUCCAUGGGCACGGCACAGGUGGUGUUUGAGCGGCGCAGUGACGCCGUGCGCGCCAUGAAACAGUACGGCGGCGUGCCUCUAGACGGCCGGCCGAUGAAGCUGGAGCUCGCCACCGACCAGCUGGGCGGCGGCGGGGGCGGCGGCGGCAUGGGCGGCCGGCUGGGCGCCAGUCCCCGCCAGCCUCGCGGUGGCGGCGGCGGUGGCGGUGGCCGGGGCCGGGGCCGCGGCAGCUCGCGCGGUAACCGUGGCGGCGGCACCGGCGGCCGGGGCGGCGGCCGGCAGCGCGAGAAGAAGAAGCCCGCCACCGCUGAGGAGCUGGACGCCGAGCUGGACGCCUACGUCAACUCGGCCAAAUAGAAACGGCUAGGUCUAACCCGCCCGCUGAUGACUCACCGGGUCUCCGAAAGGCGGCAGCACGAUCGACCGCUCAGUUCGGUGUGUCGUCCACAGGUGUCGCUGCGUGUCCGUGUCGCGUGGGCGCUAUUUUAACAGGAAAUUCGCGCGCCAUACAUACGCGCCAUUUCGCGGUGCCGAUUCGGUGCCGAUUGCGCGUUAAACGCGUUUCAGCGGCGUUUCGUGAGUGUUUCGCCAGUGUUUGUCAUGCUUCACUCCGUGUCGUCGAGGUGGGUCCACGCGGAGAGCGUCGGCCUCUGCGCCGACCGCUCAGCGGAUUCCGCAGUGGUGUGAGCGGUCGAGCGCGACAAUACACAGGCCCUGGUGCCGCGACCCGACACAGGAGUUUCGAGGAGGGAAGGAAAGAAGCGGAAGAAGAGUGAGUCUGGACGGCCCGGCCGGCCGACGGUUCAGCGGACUCAUCGCGUCGAGGAUCAGUCAUCGCCAAAGGUCAUCGGUCAUUCUGUCCCCCCACACAGCGUCACAAAUACACCCAUGGUCAUCCAGGA